UUUCCUUGUUGUUUUCCUAGUCUAGAACACAAUGAAUCCAAUGAGAGUGCUAAGCAUCCUGGCCUGUCUGGCUGUGGCCGCAAUGGCCUCACCUUCCAGUCGCAUGAAUGACAAAUCUGUCAACCAGGCACUGAAGCCAUCGCAGUGGCUGUCGUCACAGGAAUUGGAAGCUAUCCCUUCCGUUGAUGAUUUGACUCUAGAGCGUUUGGAGCGCAUGCCCCUGGCGAAGGGCGCUGAGUUGUUGCAACAAGUCUAUCAUUUGUCGCAAAUCAAUCAUGAUGUUGAGCCCAACUUUGUGCCCAGCAACGUUCAGGUCUAUGUGCCCAAGCCAAACGGCGACAAGAUCGUGGCGCCAAUCAAUGAAAUGAUCCAGCGAUUGAAGCAGAAGCAGAACUUUGGGCAGGAUGAGGUGACCAUCAUAGUGACCGGAUUGCCCCAGACCAGUGAAACUGUGAAGAAGGCCACACGCAAACUCGUCCAGGCUUACAUGCAGCGCUACAAUCUGCAACAGCAGCAACAGCAGGCUCAGAAAUACAACAGCGACUCCAAUGACGACAGUAAAUAUCAGCGCACUUCCAGCGAAGAGGACAAUAAUGUGCUGGCCAAUAAUGCUAACACAAACACCGGCGACAUUAUUGUUAUUGACUUGGGAUCUUCGUUGACUAACUACAAGCGUUAUGCUAUGCUGGAUAUUCAAAAGACUGGCGAAAAGAUUGGCAAGUGGAUAGUUCAACUGACCAGUGAGCUGCAAUUGCCCCAUGAGACCAUUCAUAUGAUAGGCCAAAACGUUGGUGCCCACGUUGCUGGCGCUGCCGCCAAUGAGUUCACUCGCUUGACUGGUCACAAGCUGCGCCGUGUCACCGGCUUGGACCCCUCCAAUAUUAUCGCCAAGAACCUGUACACACUGGUGGGUCUUUCCCGAGGUGAUGCUGAAUUCGUUGAUGUUAUCCACACCUCAGCCUACGGCAUGGGCACGACCAUCCGCAGCGGCGAUGUUGACUUCUACCCCAAUGGACUGGGAGCUGGUGUGCCUGGUGCUGAAAACGUUGUUGAGGCCUCCAUGCGAGCCACCCGCUACUUUGCCGAAUCUGUUCGUCCAGGCAAUGAGCGCAGCUUCCCCGCAGUACCUGCUAACUCGCUUAAGCAGUACAAGCAAAACGAUGGCUUUGGCAAGCGCGCCUACAUGGGCAUUGAUGCCUCCUACGACAUCGAGGGUGACUACAUCCUACAGGUCAACCCUCAGAGCCCUUUCGGUCGGAACGCACCCGCACAAAAGCAGAACAGCUACCACGGAGUCCACAAUGGCUGGGAGAGCCAGAAGGACUUUUAAAUAAGACGACAAAUAACCCCAGACAUCGCAUAAUGGACAACAUCUAAUUAUUCUUAUGUUGCACUUAAAGCUUAAGAAACAAACAAUUGGAUAUUUCCCAAACUAAAUAUUUUUAUUACAAAAUUUAUGGCAAUUAAA